AUGUCAGACAACGACUUCGUUCAUUCUUAUGACCGCAGUACUGGUGAACGACAUCACGAAGAAGUGUAUGGCGGCAAAACUCAUAAAGCCAAAUUGUCACAUGAAGCUGUGGCUGGCGCUGCAGCAUUUGCUGCUUUUAGAGCAUACGAGAAAAAAAGAGAGAAGGAAGGCAAAAAAGACAAUCAUGCUUUGGCUAAAGAGCUUAUUGCCGCUCUCGCUGCUGCUGAAGCAGAAAAAUUAUUUGAAACUAAAGGAUUAGAUUUUCUUGAUAAAAGGAAAGCCGAAAAACAUGCAAGAGAUGCAGCAGAAAAAUUAUAUACUCAGCAUUAUGAGGAUAAAUAA